UUUUUAUAGUUAUGAGCAGAGCAUAAGGAACUCUUUAUAGUCUAUGCGCGCGAGUCGGCCGCACGCGCGUUCAUCUGGCGACUUUAUAAAAAAAAUCCUCGCGUUAUUUGAAUAUUUUACGAGUUUUUUUUAACGAAGUUUGUGUUGACAAUGAGUUGGGAUCAAGAUCGCAAUCGGCCCUGUGACAAGCUCGAAAUUAAUGAAGCAGUCGGAAAACUUUUGGAAAGCUUCAACUAUGACAGCAUUGUGCCCCAACCGACAAGGGGUGGUGGCUGCAUGCGGCGCGCGCACGUCAAGAGACCCAUGAACGCGUUCAUGGUGUUCGCCCAGGCGAUGCGCCGGCGCCUCUCAGAGCAGCGGCCUGCGCUACACAACGCCGAGCUCAGCAAAUCAUUAGGAUCCAUGUGGAAGAGUCUAAGUGAAGAGGAGAAGAAACCCUUCAUCAAUGAGGCAGAUAAGCUGAGAACACAACAUAAGAAGGAGUAUCCUGACUACAAAUAUCAGCCGCGGCGUCGCAAGCCUCAGCCGACGUCGGCGGUUCGGCCGAAGAGAGAGCCAUCCCCUGAGAGGGAUCAGAUCGACUUCGCUGGCAUGCCGGACAUCUCACCAGCGCUCCUGGCGGACGGCGCCCCUGACACGGCGGAGCUGGAGCAGUACCUGCCGCCAGGCUCUGUGCCAGACUACCACGAGCUGCAGCCACGGUACGCCGCCCACAGCCUGCACCAUCCCCCGCCGCCCCUCUACGCCCCCGUGCCCCCUCGCCUUCACCCCGCGUGCGACUGGCAACACUACGCAUCACACCCUUAAAAUAUAAAAAAUUUAAAACAUACGUGUCGUGAUUACAUGAUGCACGUUGGUGCCUCAAAGACAUUAAGUAAUAUCAACAAGCUUUAUCAAAAAAAUCUAAAUAUUUUUAUCGCCGCUCAUGACUUUUUUUGUAACUUAUAAAAUAGGUCAACCAUUUGUAAAUAUAAUUGGGUAGACGAAGUGCUACGCAAAACGACGCGCACGUGCGUUUAAUUUGUGUAAGCUGAAUAAAUAUUUAUUAGGUUAAAAACUUUAUGUAAAUUAUUAUUUUUGUUAACUAUCGGGCCAAAAUGUUUAAAUGUUGUCCACGUGGGUUUACUUUAUAAGUUUAAUAUGUAGUUGUACCAGACAAAUUAUUCCAUAACUUUCAUAUUUUAAUCAGGGAGUGUCCACUCCUGAAUUAUUUCAGGACACAUAGGUACUAUGGUUACAAUAAAAAUAUGGGGUAAAAUAAAAGCAUCCUAUAAUUCAACUUGAUCACUUCUCUACUUACUUGGUAGGUACAUUAGUUUGGUACUUUACGAAAUUCCUCAAGUACCAAAGCUUAAGGUUAGUUAAGUGUAGUUAGGUUAAGUUAUACAUAGCUAGUGACUAUAAUAUCUGAUAAGUUAUUGUUGUGAUUAAUUAGUUUUAUUUCUUUUAAUAACAAUCAUGUUGUUCAUUAAAUAUAUUUUUCUAUGUUCUGCACUA